UAACUGCACUUUCCUCUCGACGCGCUCUUGAAUCGCUAUAUGAGUAUACGCGCGUAUAAGACGAAUUUUCCAGGUGAAAGGCGCUGGAGGUUUAACGCGCUCGAACACUCGGUCAGCUGAGACGCAAUAGAGCUGGAUGUAUAUAGGUAUGGUUACACUGAAGAUUGCGCAAAGGAUAUAUCGUAUAGCCACUGGGGGAUACACGAAAUGGAGAUCUACUCAGCCGGGAGAUCGGUAUCCGGGGCUCUGCGGUGAUCGGUUGAUUUAGACAGAUUAUGUUGUUUUGCGUGAGAUUGCUUGAUUCAGAGUUGUUGCUGCAAAACUAGAAGCUUAUUUAUGCUGUAGAGAAACGCAAAGUUCCUUUAUGAGAAAUUAUAUAGGUUUGAAUUUUCUCUAAGAAGAACAAAAAUUUUCCAAAACUACAAAAGAGCCUAAAGGGUAAUUACGAGAUUCUUCGUUAUUACGAAAAGCUUCAGUAGGGGGAAAAUAUAUAAUAGAAGACAAAACUUAAAGUAUCAUUAGUUGUGUUCUAUCUUUGACUAGAGUGCGUUCCCAUGAAGAAGUGUGAAAUUCAGCCAUGAAAACAAUUUUCAUAUGUUGCUUUGUCAUAAUGGCUGUUACUGCCUUUGGCCAAACGCAAGCCGCACCUGACCAAGCCAAGCGAGAAAAAAGAUAUUUAGCUAUAGAAAGAUGCCCAGAAAAUUCACCUUCCGAGGAAUGCAUUACUUAUGCAGAGGAAAAAUCCAAAGGAAUUAAAUUGUGUCACACGUUUGAAAUGAGGAUAAACCGCAUAUACUGGCAAGGGUGCGGAACAGUUUUUUGCGGUGAGAAUACUAAACUCGUAAAAAAGGACUUGAGCAUGCCGUUUCCCGAUUGCUGUGAAUAUUGUCUAAUCAUUGAUGACAAUAAAGAAGCUUAUGCUUCUGGUACUUUUUAAACUGCUGAAUCCUAUUGUAAAUAGUUGUUUUAUAAUAAAAAUAAUUUAUAUUUAUUAAUAUAU